AUGUUACUCUGUCGCCUUUUCUUAUGUAUCUCUGCUCUGACCAGCUUCACUAUCGCUGCACCACCCGGCGACCUAGCUACCAAUGGCGUUGAGGCUCGCUCGGACAGUAAACACUUCGAUGCUGAAGCUCCGGGGGAUCGUGUGUUAGAACAGCUUGAGCGUCGUUGUAUUAAGGUCGGAUCCUACUUCCUGCUUGUCAACGCAACACCUUGGAACAUGACGUUGUCUAGAAAGGUGAGCUAUCAGAUGAGGAAAUUCAAUUUUCCCGAAACCAUCAAGCCAGGUGAGGAACUCUAUUUUGAUCGUCAGUUUGACUGGACUGAUUGGGUGCUAGGCACAUCCAACAGAAUCUACAUCGAGGGCAGUGCCCACGAGGACGAUGCCGGUGAAGCAAGCUACGAAUUCAGAGACCUGCCGGGCAAACCUGAUUUCGAACUUAAAUAUAAGGAUGGUAGUGCUGGCAUUCAGUUCACAAAACUUAGGACUCUCAACAACAAACGCAGCUCGUUUCACAAGUUGGUAUGGCAUGCGGAUAACAACUUUCCCUUUAUCAUCGCCAGCUCUGAGACGAAUCCUCGAAAUCCUUCAAUUUCGCCAUGGAUUGUUUCAAGCAACCCUCCCGAAGACUGGAUGCAUUCCAUCUACCCCCGUAUCGCCUGUCUUUCCCUGCGGGAGCUGGCCAUACCUGGAACACACAACUCAGGCAUGUCUCGCUUCCAUGGCAGGUCAUUCAUGGGUUUACCCCGGAACAGCAAGACUCAGAUGCUCAACGUCUCAGCCCAGCUGAAAUACGGUGUACGCUGGCUGGAUAUCCGUCCUACCCUGACAAAGGGCAAAUGGGCAACUGGCCAUUUUAGUUUUGGUGCUGGCAACUGGCAUGGAGGCAAUGGCGAGUACCUCAAAGACAUCAUUGAUGGCUUGAACGAUUUCACCAGCAGAAACAAGGAGCUCAUCAUCGUCAAUCUCAACCAUGGUCUUAACACGGACACUUUUAGAGGCAACAAGCAUGCACGGAUGACCCAAGUAGAGUGGGAUUGGGUGAUGACAAGACUGGAGAGGAUCAACUAUCGCGUUGAGAACCGGAGCUAUGUACGUGACCUUACGAAAUACCGGGUCUCUAAAUUCAUCGAGGACCGACCAGCCGUCAUCAUUAUUGUCGACGAUCUUGUCGAUAAGAGGUAUCCCCGGGGGGUUAAAGGCCCUGCCACCCUAGUUCAAGUCAACGUUUCCGAAUUUGCUAAAAAGGGAUUCUUCACGCGAUCCCAGUUCCCUCUAUUCGAUGAAUACGCCAAUACAGGAAAACAAAAGAAAAUGGCCGCUGACCAGCUGACCAAGAUGAAAAAGCGCCGGAAACGCCCAAAUUCAAAAAUGUUUCUUUUCUCGUGGUUCCUUACCCAGUAUCUGCACCCUGUCCUUCCGAACGCCAGGGACGCUAACCGAGCCCUAAUUGAGCUACUCUGGCCGGCAAUGUCUCCAUCGACAUAUCCAAAUAUUAUCAGCGUUGAUGCGUAUCCUGCAGACAGAGACAUCGCAGCACUGGCAAUGGCAAUCAACUAUCACUUUGCUCCGCAGUGCAAUAUCACUAGCCCACCAUAG